AAUUCAAAUUCAAAUCAAAACAAAAUUUUAAACGCGUGCCGUGGGGGUUGCGGACGGAUUUUUAUGUGAUUUUGUUUUCGUUCGUACAGACGGAAUAUUGAACAUUUAUGAAAAAGUGCUCCGACUAAAGCAUACUAAUUAAAAACCAACUAUUACGACUGUGGCUCAGGGAUCUUCCAAGAAAUGACUGCUAGGUGCUCGUGAACCCGCUCUAUAAAACCCAACUCUACAGUUUCGGAUCGGUUCUUCUUUUCAGUUUUAAAAAUAAAUUAAAAAAAGUUGAACAAAAACCGUAAAACUAAAAGUGUGUACCGUUGAAUUUAAAAUCUUCGACAAAUAAUUAAAUACGUUUCGAAUGUCUCUGCUGCCGCAUAACAACUCCCUCAUCCAAUAACUGUCUUGUUACGAUCAACAAUCAACGUUCAGCGAGCAGACCGCAAGCGGACGAACACAAGGACCCAAUCCAAUCCCAUCUGACGGGCAACGCCAACGCCAAUUUUAACUACUGUUCGUGGCGCCACCAGCGACUAGCGGAUAAUUGAAUCAUAAAGAAAUCGUGGGUCGGGGGACUCCAAAAAACGGAGAGGAGCCUCCCAAAAGUGUGCGUGCCCCGAAAGUUCGGCAGCGGGAAAUGCCAACAAAGCCGAGCAAAUAAUUGCUCUACCCAGAACGAGGACGGGGUAACGUUCCCUUCUGUUUCGUUCCCUGCCGUUCACUUCUGUUUUGUUCACUGUCCGGGGCGCAGGGAGAGACAUUGCACAGAGGCCGGCUGCAGGGAAAUGACUGGCGGCGUGCUUUAAUUGAAGCUGGGCGCGGAGGAGUGCGCGGGACGUGCACGCAGCACACGGAAUGUGGGCUCGGCAAUAAAAGGGAAGCAAUUGAAACGCAAUGUGGCUGAUGCCGUGGACCGUGGACAACGCAACAAAGUGGACGAAAUUGCUUUUGGAAGAGCGCGAACGCUUGCAGACACGCAGACAGGCAGAGAAAUAGAGAGCUAGACAUUAAUUAAUUAAUUCUGAUUAAAAAUCAUAUUUUAGUAAAGAUUCCUGAUUCCCGACACACGAUACACAGAUACACGGAGAAACGACCAACGACUGAGUAACCUACAUACACGCAAGUGAACUAUUAGCCAAAAAGAACCAAAAACCAAAAACAGCAAACAGAGAACAGAAAAAGGGAGGAGCCUGUACAUUCGCGACCAAGUUAAAGUUUUAGAAGAGAGUUGAAACAGAGGCAAGCAUUAGAGUAGCAGAUAUCUUGUGGCAGGGAACUUAUCUUUGCAUGCCGUAAGCAUUGCAGCAGCCACACAUGAACACGCCGCUUUGACCGGAGCCAGCAAGGAGGACGGAGUACGGCAUAAUUUCGUCAACUGCAGCCAAGCGGUCGUCUGUCAGGAGCAGUGGCACUGGCAUCAACAUCAGCUGCAAAACAUUCCCCACCACCACCUCCAGCUGUGGUUUACCAUCAUCAUCAUCAGCAGCAGCAAGGGAAGGAGCAACGGGCAAGGAGCAGCAUCAGCAGUAGCAGUAGCGAAGGCAUUGUCACAUCCAGCAUACGACAUCUAGAAUUCAGGAGAAGCCCAGCACGGGAGAAGGUGUAGGAGGAGGCAGAGACCACCCCUAAUCCCGCACCAAUGAAUCUGCUCUGCUGCUGCUGUUGUAGUAACAUGGCACCCAACCAGCGCGUCACACGCAAAUGGGAACUGUUUGCCGGACGCAAUAAAUUCUACUGCGAUGGAUUGCUAAUGUCCGCACCACACACAGGCGUCUUCUACUUGACGUGCAUCCUGAUAACCGGCACCAGUGCGCUCUUCUUUGCGUUCGACUGCCCGUUCCUGGCGGAGCGCAUCAACCCAGUCAUUCCCAUUGUGGGUGCCGUCCUGUACUUCUUCACGAUGAGCUCCCUGCUGCGCACAACCUUCACGGAUCCGGGCGUCAUACCGCGAGCCUCCAAUGAUGAGGCAGCCUAUAUUGAAAAGCAAAUUGAGGUUCCAAACUCGCUGAACAGCCCCACAUACCGACCGCCACCGCGGACCAAGGAGGUGCUCGUGAAGGGCCAGACGGUCAAGCUGAAGUACUGCUUCACCUGCAAGAUCUUCCGGCCACCGCGGGCCUCACACUGCAGCCUGUGCGACAACUGUGUGGACCGCUUCGAUCAUCACUGUCCCUGGGUGGGAAACUGCGUGGGAAAGCGGAACUAUCGGUUCUUUUAUUUGUUUCUAGUCUCAUUGGCAUUUUUAGCUGUAUUUAUAUUCUCGUGCUCUGUGACGCAUUUAGUUUUAUUAAUGAAAACCGAGCAGGAGGUCUUCGAAGUAAUAAAGAAGGCGCCCUUCACUGUGAUUGUUGUGUUCAUUUGCUUCUUUUCGAUAUGGUCCGUCAUCGGAUUGGCGGGAUUCCACACCUAUCUGACGACUAGCGACCAGACGACCAAUGAGGAUCUUAAGGGAUCCUUCUCCUCGAAGGGCGGACCGCGCACCCAGAACCCCUACUCACGGGGCAACAUCUGCCUCAACUGUUGUCACAUCCUAUGCGGACCCAUGACGCCGUCUAUGAUUGACAGGCGCGGCAUUGCUACCGACGAGUACAUCCAGCAGAUGCAGCACCAGUCCAGCCCCCGGCAUGCCCUUAGCGAUGUGCUGAGCGCUUCUCAUAUGGUCACCACCGCGCAGCCCAUGCUGGGCAGUUCGGGAGGCGGUAUAAGCGGGGCUGGUGGCGGCAUCAGCAUAGGAGGGGCGGAUCUAAAGCCCCGCUUCUACGACGAGUCUAAUCCCUCCUCCUCGACAAUGGACGGAUCUGGGGCCGCCGCAUCAGCCGCCCUCAACGGCCACGGCCAUGGACAUGGACACGGACAUGGCCAUGGCCACGGCAAUGGCACCGGCAAUGGCAACGGCUUCGAACACCCGCCGCCCAGCUACGACCUGGUCCAGAACGGUAAGUCCCGCAAGCAGCAUCAGAGGUGCUCACUGCAAACACUGCUGCCCGCCAGCGCCCAGCACCAGUUCAAAGCCAACAAGCACAAACAACUCAAACACCACCCACAACAACAAGCAAAACCACAUCAGCAGCAUCAGAAACAGCAACUGGUGGCCGCCGAGCUGCAGAUGCACCACGAGGCAUUUGCCCGCUCGCACUCGAACCUUCACUCGCCCUCGCUGAUGCGCUCGCCGGCCACGUCAUCCUCCUACCGGCUGAACCUGAGGCGCUCGCUGCACCUGCCGCUGACGCCGUCGUACGAUGAUGUGCGAAACUCGCCACUGCCGCUGCUCCACCACCAUGUGCACGCCCAACAGACGACUGCCAUUGGGAGCGUGUCUGUGGCCACAGCAAUGGCUGAGGCAGCGGCGGUGGCAGCCUCUGUGUCGGGAGGCGGUGGCGGUGGCUCAUCGUCCUCGACGACGGCACCCACCUCAGGCUCUGCCUCGGCCUCCCUGGCCACGAUGCCGCCGCCACUGGCCCCGCGACGACCAUCGACGCUGCAGCUUCAGGGCAGUGCAGCGGUGACAGGCAGCAGCACCACGCUGACGACCAUACACACAGCGGCACCCCAGCCGCCGGCGCCCAGUGACUUCAAGUACUACUCCCCUCAACGCCACACCGACAACACCUCCAAGUUCAACUACCCGUUUGGAAAAUCGGCACGUGGGAUGCGCCGCCAGUCGACGCAGUCGGUGGACUCGCAAAAGGUGAACAUCGCCGGGUACCAGCCGCUGCCGAUGCGGUCCCGCUACAAGCACCAGGAGGUGAUGUUCGAGCUUAAGUCGCCGACCAACCGGCUGACCAUCCGAGAGUGCGACUUUGGCGGUGGCGGUGAACCCUGCGACGACGAUCAGUCGAUCAAGGACAGCCAGAUCUUCCGUGUUAGUAAACGAAAUCUUUAUAUGAAUCACCGGUCGCCGUGGAAGGAGCGCGACCGCUACUCAAACCUCUACGAGUACUCGUUCAACAUAGAUCUCAACUCGAUUAUCGAGGAUGCCGCGGGCAGCGACUCGUCAUAGUACGCAGUUCGCUGCCCCUUUCUUGUCGUUGUCGUUGUCCACCUGCCCCGUGCGGUGCUUGAAGUCGCCCUGGACUUCAUUAAUUGGUUGUUAGGUGCUGUACAUAAUAAGCUAUGGUCCAGGACCAGGCCCUUGGCCGGCCUCCUACUGCUUCCAGCCCACUGCUAGAGAAAGCUCAGUUUUCUUCUGGCUAUUUGGCCAUAUGCAGGCUGUGCAGGCUUCUUUCUUGGCAUUAAUUGGCAUUCUUCUUUGAUGAGAGACGACGAGGGUCUUUAAAUUUUGAAGAGGUCUACCCACAGUCAGAAUGGGGUACACACAUUUGGCUUCCAUGACGCGCUUAGAUGUUAGGAUGAGAUUAAAGUCUUCGGUUUGCAGCCCCCUAAUCUUGUUUUUGAGUUUCCUCCCGUUGUAUGCGUAGACAUAGAAGUAUGUAAAUUGCUAAAUUGUAUCUUAUUAUUUUGUUCAUGUCCGACCUCCGAUAUCCGCUGUAGAACCCCCAGCCCCGAUCCUGAAUGAAUUGAAAAGUUGGUUCAUAGAAACUUUUACGUUUAUGUAGCACCUGUUUCCCUGGCUAAUCGAGCCGGUGCUCCUCUGCACUCGCGGUGCAAGGGCGCUCCGGCACCCAGGGGACAGGCAGGAAUCUCUCCCAUGUAUAUGUACGUAUGUAUAUCCACCCUGGUCUACGUCCCAUCGCCGCCACCUCCAAUAGUGUUGCCACCAGCCAACAACGAAAAACCCAAAAAAACCAAACAACCAACCAACAUCCCAA